UUUUGUGAUGAAUACAUGACAAGUAUGUUUUGCAUGCGAAUCACAAUAUUUCGUGAUAAUCGCGAGAAUAUAUUUUAUCCCGUCAAAAGCAGUGAAACUGUUAAUAGAUAAUAUGUUUGUGUCAACACAAACCUGUGUUAAUAUCGUUUGACGAAUAUUUAUUCGGGUUAGUUUAAUUCUCGCAGCAAAGAUUGACAAAUAGAUUUCCAAAUAAUAAUAACAUGGCGGAAAAGGGUGCUUAUUUAACUGGAACCGUGUACAACAGGCCCACUCUUUUUGAAAUUCUUGCGCAGAAAUCACUUGCAGCUACUCUUGAACCAGCUUUCAAAAAGAUUCUUUCGUUUCUCAUAUCUUUCAAUUUUGAAAGAUAUGGACAUAUUCUUCAAUGGGAAGAUGAGGGCUAUUUGCUUUUUAACGCACUUCUCCAGAGAUAUUACUUGAGGAAGUAUUCUGCAUCCUUUUCUGAAACAUUCUAUGGUCUGAAACGUAUUGCGGUAGUUGACUCAAAACUUGAAGGAAAUCUAUCGCGCCGACAACAGAUGCUAUCAUUGAUAUCGCUUGUGAUGUUACCAUACUUGAAAAACAAGCUUGCACAACUCAGCUUGAAGUAUCAAUUUGAAGAAGCAGAUAAUUGCGAGACUCAAGGGAAAUUGAAGAAGCUCUUCCGCAAAUGUGUCAUUAAAGGACACUUAAUCUUCUUCACAUUGUACAAAACUUUAGAGGUGUACCGUUAUAUACUUUACAUAUCAGAAGAGUCAAUGUACCCAUCAUCCUUGUUAAGGCUGCUACGCAUCACAUUGACAUAUUCCAAACCACAGUCCACCGACACUAUCAUGGAUUUGCUGAGUAAAAUAAAGCAAAAUUCGUUCUCCGCCGACGACGGAUGGGACUUAUUUCAAAGAAUCGUUACUCGCUUCCUCGAACUUGGGGCUUUCUUCCUACAGUUUCUCUCAUGGUGGAAUCAAGAGAAUUAUAUGACAGACAUCAUGAGUCUUCCAUCACCACCACCUCCGAAUGUGCCAGAAACAGCGCUACGAUACAAGGGUACCUGUCCGCUUUGCCACAUGCCUCAGCGUGUACACACGGUGCUUAUGGUAUCUGGUUUUGUUUUUUGCUACCAAUGCAUUUUACCGGAAAUACGCGAAAACAAAAGAUGCCCGGUGACGCAUUACCCUGCCACAGAGGACGAUUUAGUGCGUCUCUACAUAGAUGCAUAGAAUAAUCUAUGUUUCUUAGCUAACAUGUAUUAUAUAUAUAGGCUAUUCCAUGUAAAAUAAUUCGAGUGUAAAUACAGCGCAAGUACCGUUUUUUUAAAUCAAUCGUACGUUACAUCACUAUUCCAAGAAGGUGUCGGAUUAUUCGCUCAUUAUAUAUUGUACAGAAUAUAUUGGACAAAUAAAGGGAAUCUCUUAUUCUCAAAAUAACAAACUUUAUUCUCAUGACUUCUCAGCAUAUUAAAUGGCAAGGUUCUAAUCGCUUCUAACCGCUAAAUUCUAAUGACUAUAAAUAUAAUCUUUACAAACUUACACUUCGAUGAAAUAUAUAGCGACCUAGAAUUUUAAAAUAAUAUCGUUAUCGUAAAGUUCAUAAUAAUUACGUACGCCGAGUCGGAGAACGGCAACAAAUAACAUUCCAGAGUAAUUUCGAUGUAUUAAUGCACGAUGCUUCGAACAUUGAAUUGCUAAUGCAGUGAAAGUACUCACAGUGUGACUACCGAUUAUGUACAAAUAACGCUCUCUAAAAAAAUACAACUGUCUAAGACACAUUAUAAUGUAAUAAGGCACAUUAUUCUUAAGAAUAUGUAAUGGAAUAUGUAAUAUAGUUACAACUCGGAGAGAAUUUUAUUCUUGCUUGCGACACAAAAACGUCGAUCGAUCUCUCCUGUUUUCUGUCAGCUUUUACUUUCGUUGACACUUUGCAAUCUCACCGAUUUAUUUACUUAUCAAUGGAGCUUAUCCGAAAAUAUCAUACAAAUAUUUAUCGUAUUUUUUGGACCAAUGUCUAGUGCCGAUAAUGACACAAUGUCACUUUACAAUUAUUGUACAUAUGUGUAAUCAUACCGGAAACAGUCAUGCAUUAGAUAUCGAAUAUCAGUACUAACUGCUAAUUGUAUCUAGAAUAUUGUGCGUUGUAAAAAGUGCCAAUAGACAUUUAUCGCUUUCUCUAUUUACAAACUUCGAGUCAAAAAUUAACGGAAAUAUGUCCAAUACAUAAAUUUCAAAUACCAAUUAAUAGCUAAACCGAGAAAGUUAGUCCGAAAUUAUAAUAUUCGCAGGUACAUUCUCUUAUGUCACAUACAAUACUGAUCGACGUUACUUUCCUUUGAAAUCCAAUGUAUUCAUAUGAUACAAAUUGUACAGGGGCCGAUUAAAGUGCAGAAUUUGGUUAAAAAUCGUAGCACUUUGCCGAAAUUGACGAACGCGAAAAAAAAUUUGUCGAUGCUCGAGUUUAUGAUGAUGCAAAAUGAAUCACAGAUAACGAUGCGAAUUUGGCUCAUGAGUGACGGUGAAGUGAGGUGAGAGAUAUAGACGAAGGAACUCUUAUAUACACACAUAUAAACAGAAAUAUAUUUUCCCGAUAAUAUAUUCAUUAUUUUGUCGUGGCAUGUUUUAUGUAGGACUGUAAAUAUUUCAUAUACAGCCUGCAUUGAAGUAAUCAUGAGCAUUUAGGGCGAAUGAUAAAUGCGCGAAUCAUCUGUCGUGUGUUCUUAUACGUUAAACAUGCAAACAGUUAUGCGACAAGUAUGGAUAAGAAGCCUCAAGAAGAAAUCGGCAGUCAUUCUAUAAUCAAAUAAGAGCCUUGCAACUUCAAUAUUUACUUUACGAUACUAUGCAUUGUCGUUUUUACUGCAAUAUAAUAUCAAGAUCAAGCAUCGUGUGUGAAGAUUUCAGCUGUUACAUUUCAGUUUUCGUGAAGCACUAUAAUUGACUUUAAUUGAUCCCUGGAGACAAUGGCUGUGUUCGACAGAAUGUAACGCUUCGUUAUGCAUUGAAACGAUUGGAAUUAUUCUGCUGUAUUCUCUCGAGCUGCUAUGAUAAUUCGCCUAAACUGAACUAUCGGCGGACGACAAUCAACACGUUUGAACGCGUUAAUACGCAUUAAUACGAGAAAUAUUUCCGAUUCUUUGGAAGAUAAAAAUAAACGUGUCGCAGAAGAAAACAGAAAAGUCAGUAUUCCGUUGCGAAGCGAUUGUAUUUUGCUGAACGCAACCAGAAUUACAAUUUGAAAAUAGAAAAACAUAUAUUACAUUUCUAUAAAAAAUAGAAUUCUCUUAAAAAAUUUUGUAUCUCCUUGUGUAUAUAUUGCCAAAAACAUUAAACGUGUUCGAUAAGCGUGCAAGAUAAAAAGACGUAACUGGAGACGAUACCAGAUAUGAAACGUCCCCGCUCGAAUUUAUAAGUAUACAUAUACAUAUUAAAACGGAUACGUACGGUCGGCAUCAUGUAUACUGUACAGAAGACUCUAUUAAUCAGAUACAUUGGCCCGUAUUCUGAACUCUCUUUUAUCGAUAAAGGUGUCUAAAAAUAGCUUAGGAACCACCCGAUUGGCUGAGAAACCACACUUAAGACACUUUUAUCGAUAAAAGUAAAUUCAAAAUAUGAAUUAUGUGCGAAUAAUAUUCGUAUAUCAUGAUUGUUGAUAAUUUGAUGAAUCAGCAACGAUGAUUCAAAACAAUUAAUUAAUAAUAUGCAAAUAUUAAAAAAUAGCACGUCUAAUGUUGGAAAUGUUCAAUGUCACUAUGUCUAAAAAAUGAGACAGCAUUAAUGAAGUCCUUUGUAUCAUUUCCUAGAUCGAACAUUACACAAUAUUUAACCUUACAUGUUAUAUGUAAGGCUGAAAAUCAUGUAAUUUUUCGUUUACAGAAUGGUACAGCAUAUAUGACACCGACCUUAUAUACGUAUUUAGGUGAAAAUAGCGCAUUCAUUUUGAUUUGUUUCGCGUCAUUUCCACAGGCGAGUCGAACGAUUACGUACUUUGAUCCGCUAGCAUGCAGAUUUCACCUGCCACGCUGCAUUUUAUAACAAUGUAAAAUAUACAUAUUGUGUGUACACAGAAUGUUCCAUCAGCACCGCACUGAGUCCUGGUACAAUAGUAGAUUCUUCAACAAAUCCACAGUCGAUUAAUUAUACACGUCAAUAUUAAAUAAAUAUUUGUAAAUCGUAGUUUACAUAAAAUCUAUAAGAUACAAUAAGAUACAAAUUUCGCUCAGAAGUCAAUCAGACGGGAACGCUUUGUCGUCAUCGACAAUAAUUUCCAAUACGUGCUGUCCGUAAAAGCAGAUCACUUUAUCCAUUUUCUACAACUUUCACGCGUUAAGAUAUUAACUCUGCCUAAAGAUAUAUUGAUUCCUCCAGAAGGUACGAAUUCAAGACAUCCGGCAGCAAUGAAACA